AGAAGAAGGCAAUCAAUGGCUGCCUCUUCGCCCUGAUGAUAAUCUACUUUCACCUUUCAAAAAAGAAAGGCAAGAACAGGGUAGAAAGACCACCAAAGCCAUGGAUUGCCAACUGGACUAAGGAGCAGUUGGUGAAAAGAAUGAAUGAAGAGAGAGAGGAAACUUUGGUGAGUAAUCAUAAUAAGUUGGUGUACUUUAUUUACCCGAAUGGUACUAACUAAAAUAUCUCAUGUUUCAGGGGAUUCUGAAUUUGGCAGAGACAAAAGAAAAAAUGAGAAAAAAAGAAAAAAAACAAAAAGAACAAGAAAUAAAAAAACAAAAAAAAGGAAGGCGAGCUCAACAUCGUCUUCGGAGACAGAAACUACCGAGAGUGACACUUCUACCUCUGAGUCUGAAGCUCAAGAAGACUCGGAGGAUUCGGGAAUUAAACACCCCAGCAAAAAGGGGAAAAAAAUGGACUCAAGAAAAAGAAAGCAGAGGGAAGAGGAGUCAGAUUCUGAUUCAGAAUCUGAAUCUGAACCAAGUGACGAGAGCGAAGAAUCAUCUCCUGCGGAGAAGGAGAAGAAAAAGAAAGAAACAAAAACAACUCCAAAAGAAACACCACAAAAAAGGAAAAAAGUAGUUGUGGAGGAUUCACCUCCUGAAGAAGAUCAAUACUUUUACGAGUACAGUACCUCCUAAGCUAUACUACGG